CCUCAAUUGGUUGAGCGGAGAGCGGGAGGUGAAGCUGCGCCGGGUCCUGGCUGUCGCCCUCAGUCCGUCACAGAGAGGAGUCCGCUGUGCCCGCCCGUCGGUCAGCCAGUCAGUCAGCCCCCGCCCGCCGGCACCGUGAGCCUCGCCCCGUGCAUGUCGCUCUCCUGCUCCCCCGGAUAACGUGUCACGGUGAGUGAGACCCCUCCCCGCCCGCUGCCCCCCGGUAUCUCGGCUGUUCCGGUAUCUCGGGGCCGGUGUUUAUAUUACGGUUAUCUGGUUACUGUGAGGGUAAAGCGGUAACUGGUAACAAUGAGCGAGCCAAAAUGGCGGCUUCCCUUCCCCCAGUAAUGCGUCAUGUGGCAGCAAUGCAGUGACGUCACCGAGCGCGCUAAGCCCCGCCCACCCUGGGCUCCCUCUCAUCAUCAUCCAUCCACCUACCCACAGCAUUACCCAGACACUGUGCUCUAUCUAUCUAUCUAUACACAGCAUUACCCAUACACUGUGCUCUAUCUAUACACAGCAUUACCCAUACACUGUGCUCUAUCUAUACACAGCAUUACCCAUACACUGUGCUCUAUCUAUACACAGCAUUACCCAUACACUGUGCUCUAUCUAUACACAGCAUUACCCAUACACUGUGCUCUAUCUAUACACAGCAUUACCCAUACACUGUGCUCUAUCUAUACACAGCAUUACCCAUACACUGUGCUCUAUCUAUACACAGCAUUACCCAUACACUGUGCUCUAUCUAUACACAGCAUUACCCAUACACUGUGCUCUAUCUAUCUAUACACAGCAUUACCCAUACACUGUGCUCUAUCUAUCUAUACACAGCAUUACCCAUACACUGUGCUCUAUCUAUACACAGCAUUACCCAUACACUGUGCUCUAUCUAUCACAGCAUUACCCAUACUGUGCUCUAUCUAUACACAGCAUUACCCAUACUGUGCUCUAUCUAUACACAGCAUUACCCAUACUGUGCUCUAUCUAUACACCGCAUUACCCAUACACUGUGCUCUAUCUAUCUAUACACAGCAUUACCCAUACACUGUGCUCUAUCUAUCUAUACACAGCAUUACCCAUACACUGUGCCCUAUCUAUACACAGCAUUACCCGUACACUGUGCUCUAUCUAUCUAUACACAGCAUUACCCAUACACUGUGCUCUAUCUAUACACAGCAUUACCCAUACACUGUGCUCUAUCUAUACACAGCAUUACCCAUACACUGUGCUCUAUCUAUACACAGCAUUACCCAUACACUGUGCUCUAUCUAUACACGGCAUUACCCAGACACUGUGCUCUAUCUAUACACAGCAUUACCCAGACACUGUGCUCUAUCUAUACACAGCAUUACCCAGACACUGUGCUCUAUCUAUACACAGCAUUACCCAGACACUGUGCUCUAUCUAUCUAUACACAGCAUUACCCAGACACUGUGCUCUAUCUAUCUAUACACAGCAUUACCCAGACACUGUGCUCUAUCUAUCUAUACACAGCAUUACCCAGACACUGUGCUCUAUCUAUCUAUACACAGCAUUACCCAGACACUGUGCUCUAUCUAUACACAGCAUUACCCAGACACUGUGCUCUAUCUAUCUAUACACAGCAUUACCCGUACACUGUGCUCUCUCUGUCUAUACACACAUGGGGCUCUAUCACUCCUAGUAACUGAGGGCAAGAGGGAAUGGCACCAGAACAAUUACAUUUACAAUGUAAAUAUUCUAAACUUAAAGGGACACUAUAGUCACCAGAACAACUACAGCUUAUUGAAUUUGUUCUGGUGAGUAGAAUCCAUUACCGUCAGGCUUUUUGCUGUAAACACUUUUUUCAGAGAAAAUGCAGUGUUUACAUUACAGCCUAGUGAUAACUUCACUGGCCACUAUGGCUGUUAUAGAUCCUUCCUGGGUCAUGGCUGCCUAAAAUGCAUCCAAUCAUUCAGUAUCUCCUCCCUCUGCAUGCAGACACUGAACUUUCCUCAUAGAGAUUCAUUGAUUUAAUUCAUUUCUAUGAGGAGAUGCUGAUUGGCCAGUGCUGUGUUUGAAUCAUUCUGGCUCUGCCCCUGAUCUGCCUUUGUGUCAGUCUCCGCCAAUCCUAUGGGGAAGCACUGUGAUUGGAUCAGGCUACCACUUCUGAUGUCAGCAGACAGCUUGUUUUUCUGAAUCUAACAGCAUGCAGAGUUACAGCUUCUGGCUUGAAUACAGUAAGAUAUUUACUAUAUUUAUGGAGGCAUGUGGGGUCCAGGUGGGCUAGAUGGUGGUUUAACACUAUAGGGUCAGGAAUACAUGUUUGUGUUCCUAACCCUAUAGUGUUCCUUUAAAGGGACACUGUAGUCACCCUUUAGCUCAUUGAAGUGGUCUGGGUGCUGUGACCCUUUUGCACUUGGUGCUGCAAUGUAAAACAGUACAGUCCCAGAGAAUGUUUACAUUGCAGCUCUAAGUCUGCCCUCAGUGGCAGUCUACCAGACAUUCACUAGAUGGCUUCCGGAAUCCAAAUAGACCUUUGGUCCGUUAUCUGACGCUUGACAUCCUCACGCUCUGCAUGAUAUCUAGCGUCACAUUUUUCCUAAUAGGAAAGCAUUGAGGUCUAAUGCUUUAGUGACUGCUCGUUGGAGGGGGCGGAGCGUCGGAUCAGGUAAGUAGAUAAAAUACUUUUUUUUUUAUUUUUAUUUUUUUUUAUUAUUUAACAAGGAGUGGGGAGGGCGGGAAGGAGGUGGGAGGUAGGAGGAGCUGUAAUAUCCAUUCCAUUAAGUGUUUGUUUUUGUGUAUAGGUCAUUCCUCUGUGGUGUUACUUCUCAAUUUUCUGCUAUUUGGGAGUUAAAUCACUUUUGUUUCUCUUUAUGCAGCACUAGCCACACCUCCCCUAGCUGUGACUGACACAGGCUGCAGAUAAACAAAAUGGUUUCAUGUUCAGUCAGAUAAUUUGAUUUUAUUUAUUUUUAUCUCCUGCUCUGUAAAUUGAACUUCAACAGGAGGCUUCUACAAGGUCUAGCAGGCUACCAACGGAGGCGAAACAUUCUGAAUUAAACAGACUGUGCCAUAAAAGAAAGUUUAAACAUUAGAUGACUGUUUACAGGAGGUGUUUAGGAAGGUUAUGCAUGGUACAUGCAGGGAGAUGUGCCUAGGGCUGUAUAAACAAAGUUAUUUAACUCCUAAAUAGCAGGCAACUGAGCAGUGAGCCAUAACUACUUAAUUAGGCCAAAAUUGUCUUGGUGACCAUGGUGUCUCUUUUAAGGCUGGAGAAGUUAAACUGAACGCUUAGCUGCCUUAGAGAAUAUUUCCAGUUAAGCUGUUUUGACCGUGGGUUUUUUUAUUCACUUUGUAGUUACACCUUAGUGAAUAACCCUGCUUUGUGAGCAGACAUGUUUACUAUACACAGCACCCAAGUAAUGCAGUGCUCUCGGAUUUUAAAGGCACUACAUGUUAAUUGGCAUGUUCACCGCACAAAGUGUUUUUUGUUUUGCUUGAAUUCAGUACCUGUGUGGGUUCCAAGUUUCUCAUAUAGGACAAAAACUGAGGGAUGGAGAAAUAAGGAUAUUGGUCACUAAAUUUUUAGUUUCAGUGAACUGAAAUCCAAAUGGUAAAAUUUUAGCCAAAAUAACAAAGCUUUGACUAGAUCUCAGUUUGAGAUUGUUUGCUUCAUAUUUAGCUAUUUCAGCCUUAAAUUGCCAUUCAGGUUUCAAUUCUCUAGAAUUAUUUGAUAAAACUGUUUGGCAUAAAAGGGUCAGAUAUUGCUUGUUAAAGGGACAUUAUAGUCAACAGAAGAACUUUAGCUCAAUGAAGCAGUUUUGGUGUAUAGAACAUGCCCCUGCAGCCUCACUGCUCAAUCCUCUGCCAUUUAGAAGUUAUAUCCCUUUGUUUAUGAACCCUAGUCACACCUCCCUGCAUGUGACUUGCACAGGCUUCCAAAAACACUUCCUGUAAAGAGAGCCCUAUCUAGGCUUUCUUUAUUGCAAGUUCUGUUUAAUUAAGCUUUUCUUAUCCCCUACUAUGUUAAUAGCUUGCUAGACCCUGCAAGAGUCUCCUGUAUGUGAUUAAAGUUCAAUUUAGAGAUUGAGAUACAAUUAUUUAAGGUAAAUUACAUCUGUUUGAAAGUGAAACCAGUUUUUUUUUUUUUUCAUGCAGGCUCUGUCAAUCAUAGCCAAGGGAGUUGUGGCUACGGCUACAGAAACAAAGUGAUUUAACUCCUAAAUGACAGUGAAUUGAGCAGUAAAACUGCAGGGGAAUGAUCAAUAAAACUGCUUUAUUUAGCUAAAGUCAUUUAGGUGACUAUAGUGUUCCUUUAACUGUCACUUUCUCCAUUAUAGUACAUCAUAAUAGCUAGCUAAAAUUGAACUAUUGCUCUUCUGGGUACACUAGUUCUUUCUUUGGAUGUAAUGUACAUAUAGUACUGCUGCAGAAUGUGCUGACCAUACAUGUACACAUAUCAUUUCAUGAUUGGAUGUCGUAGCAUUUGUGUAUUCCCAAGGCAUGCCUGGCUCCUUGAAUAUGCCACAGUACAGAAGUGCAGUGGAGAUGAAAUAAAAUUGUUUUAUUCUUAACAAUGAAUAACUGAGGCAUAUAGACGACACUCACUAAUCUGGUCUCAUAAAGUAUAUUAUUAACACAAAAAAUUGUAAGGGUUUCUUUUUCAGUGAGCCUCUCCCCCCUGCACUUUAUUUUUUCUUGACUUUACUUUUCUGUGUUUUUUCUCCAAUAAUACUCCUUUUAAUUUGGUGACAAGAUUGAGCCUGGCUUUUUUUUUUUUAUCCUAGAUUGGAGUUAAAGGGAUACUCCAGGCACCCAGACUACUUCUGCCCAUUGGAGUGGUCUGGGUACCAACUCCCACUACCCUUAACCCUGCAACUGUAAUUAUUGUAGUUUUUAUAAACUGUAAUAUUUACCUUGCAGGGUUAAGUCCUCCUCUAGUGGCUGUCUAUCAGACCGCUACUAGAGGGACAUCCGUGUUCUUAGAACACAAAGUGUUUUAAGCAACGCUGGACGCCCUCACGCUAUUUCCAAUGGGGAGGUCUAAUGCACUUGUGCUGCCAUUGUCACGCAUGCACAUAAGGUCUCCCCCAGCGGGGGAGGAGAGUAGGCAGAGCCUGACCAGCACAGAGGGAUAUCGGCGCUAGACUCCGGUAAGUCACUGAAGGGGUUUUAACCCCUUUAGCAACUUGGGAUUGGGGAGGGAGAGGGUCACUACAGGGUCCUGCAGUGCCAGGAAAACGUUUUCAUGGCACUGGAGAAUCCUUUUAAUCUUACACGUAUCCCAUGCAUUCAUGAAGGGAGGGGGAAAAAUGUACAAGUAUUUGUAUUCUGAAAUAUGGAAGUGUUUCUAGUUAUCUAGUGCACAAAUGGAGAAUAAAUUCAGUUUGAAUAAUUACUUUGUGAUGGCAUCCUUUAUUCACUUUCAAUACAUGUAUCAGUAAAGCAAACCUGGAAGUGGGUUUCACACUUUCUCUUGAGUAAUCCUGAGGGAAUUCUCUUGUCUUAUACCCUGUUUUGAUUUGAGGUUUCCCAAUGUUAUGGCUGUUUUAAACCUUCAACAUAUAAAGUGUUGAUACAACAACAUUUUUUUUUUUUUAGUAACAUUCCCCACAUGAGUUGGACUUAUUUGUUGAAUCUACACCCUGAAAGCAUGCAUGUAUCAUAAACACUAAACUUGUUUAAAAAUAAGGGCAUAUACAUUUUCAGGUGUCUACAACAUGUACAGUACACUUUGCAAAUGACAUACAGUGUCCAACAGAAAAUGUCCUGCACUUUUAUCCUGUAGAUCAAGAUGUCUUUGUCAGGCUUUAAACUACAAAACUAUUAAUCAAGACCUCUACAUUUUUGAUGCUUUAAUGGGCAAAAACAUCCCUCAAAUAAUUUUUAGAGAAUAACUGCAUUGCGGGCAGUAAUGAGUCUAUUCACAUAAACCUCUUAUGUUCACUGGUGUGCAGUUGGAGGAGGUGGAGUGCCAACUUAGCGCAAGAGUUUUUGUUUUUUGUUUUUUUUUCAUUGAUGGGUGUGGGGAGGAAGAAAGAACUACAGUAAUAGUAAUACAUAUUUGCAUUCCUAGCAAAUAUAGUAUCCAUUUUAAUAGUCAAAUAUAGUUUAGAUUUGGUAGUGCCUUAUGUGUGUUUGUUUAUAAUACACAUUAAUAAUAAUUUGGAUAUGGAUUUGAAGAUGUGCAUGUAGGUUUAUUUCAUACCAAUUAUAUGGGAGAUAAAAUUGGAUUUAAGCUUGUUACCAAGUGUGGGUGUGGUUUAAAAAAAAAUAAAAAAAUUUACUUGGCAUCUGAUUGCAACAGAUUCUAGCAAUUUUCCUGGUGUUCCAUCUCAGCUCUACCAAAUGCCUUCAAUUUAAGAUCUUGCCUGAAGGCAGUCAGUUGGAACUCUUCUUAUUAAAAAUCACAGGGUUUAAAAGGCAGGUACAUUUUCUGUGCUAUUUUCAUUGCAGAGAAACUGUCCGUAAUACUAAGAUUAUUCGUACCAGAUGUGUUUUUGAUACACAUUAUGGAAGUCUCAUGAUUCUGUAUGUACACUGCAUCCAGUGAAGAAAACUCCCCAGCAUUUCGAUGUGCAUUCCUUUUGGGAAGAUGUCGUCAUCGCUUGUCACGAACGUGCAGCAUAGUGAAGUUUCUACCUGGCCUUCAUUGCCCACCUCAUCUGAGACUAUGCUUCAAGCAUAUAUGGAAGUGAGUUAAAUUGCUAUGUCUCCAAUAAAAAGGUUUUUGUUACUCUAACAUUUUAAAUCAACUUUUAUGUGAUUUGCUUCCAGUUUGUCAGAUCCCUGAUGUAUAUUUCAUAUAGCACUCAACUUAUACUGGUGUUUUAGAAGAAUUGAAAUGUUGAGAUUAGGAUGUUCAGACUAUGGUAGCUUUAGUAAUCUUAAAGGGAUACCAGACCACUUCUGCCCAUUGGAGUGGUCUGGGUGCCAAACUCCACUACCCUUAACCCUGCAAGUGUAAGUAUUGCAGUUUUCCUAAACUGCAAUAUUUACAUUGCAGGGUUAAGUCCUCCUCUAGUGGCUGUCUACUAGACAGCCACUAGAGGGACUUCCAUGUUCUUAGAACACAAAAAGUGUGUUAGACGCCAGACGUCCUCACGCUAUGUCUCUGAAAUCCCCAUAGGAAAGCAUUGAAUAAUGCUUUCUUAUGGGGAGGUCUAAUGCGCGUGCGCGGCCAUUGCUGCACAUGUGCAUUAGGUCUCCUCCCCCCCCCACCAGGAGAGUAGGCAGAGCCUGAUCAGCACCAAGGGACAUUAGCGCUGUACUCUGCAACCCCAUUCUGCAACUUGGGGUGGGAGGGAGAGGGGUACUCCAGGGUCCUGCAGUAGUUUUCCUGGCACUGGAAAAUCCCUUUAAAGGGACACUAAAGCCACCCAGACUGCUUUAUCUCAAUGAAAUAGUCUGGCUGCUAUGUCCCUGUAGAUUUAACUUUCAGCUGCAAACUGUUUAUAGUGCAUGGUUUAAAUUCCUCCAGUGGCUGUCAAACCAGUUCUCCACUGUGACAUCUAGCCACCCAUUGCACUUUCAUGGCCAUUCCUGUUAGUGCUGAAUUCGAUGAGUCUGUCAAUUUUGUGCUGUAAAAAAAGUCCUCUCAUAACUGGUUUACAGGUUAAUUUUUGUCAAUCUGAUUUCAAUUGGUUACAAUGUAGAGUUUAUUGAUUCAACUUUUUUUUUUUUUUUUUUUUUUUUUUUUUUUUUUUUUUUUUUUUUUUUUUUUUUUUUAUGGUUUUCAAUAACUACAUGUGGUAGUAAUUUGCUACAAACUUAAUUGGGGUACAUGCAUGAAUGUUUACACACACAAAUUACAGCACACUUACAAGUCUAAUGUAAUAACACUUUUUUGUUUUGUUACUCCAAGCGCCAUGACCAUUUCAGUGAUUUGAUGCUUGGAGUCUUUUAGUGCAGUGUUGGGGUUUUUUUUUUUUUUUUCUCUAUGGAAUGAUGCCCAUACCAAUUUUAACCCCUCUGAUGUUAGAGGUGUAACUCCACCUCAGGUAGCAUAAUUAGGGUGGCAAUAGCUAGCCAGGAACUCUUGUUCCGUACUGGCUAAUGUCAGUUUGGGGCAUAUUUCUAUGCAUGGAGUUGCUUUCGUAUGCUGAGUGGUCAGCUGACUUUCUCAGCCAAUGAAUAGCAGGUAUGAUCAGCUUCCUUCGUUCUGCAGAAGCCAGAUGCAUGUCGCUGGCCAUAGAGGACCAAAAGAAACUAAUGUGGACCGAGCUAAGAGGGCAAACCAUUGUAGAAUGGUUUGCCCCAUUACUGUAAAAGAGGCCAAGAUACAGUGGGUUGUAGUGUUUGCUUUGGAGAAGCUGUUUUGAGAGAGAGAGCCUACUAUGAAUAUUUUAAUUUUAUGUAUGUUUGUUUUGGUUUUUUUUAUUGUCCUCAACUCAAUGACAUAGUGUAUAUAGCCCCAUGCAAUCAAAUGUCCUGAUUGCUUUUGUGUCACACUUGGGUUUAUUUAUUUUUUAUUUUUUUUUGUUCCUUAGUAAAUCUAGAGCUAGCUCACAUUGCACACUAGCAAUUCAGCUGUGCUUUGUUUUGGGUUUAUUUCCCCCGUUUGCUCAUAUUUACAUUUUGAGGCUAUUAACCUUCCUGAAGCAGCUUAAAUGUUAAAGGAACACUAUAUAGGCACCCAGACCACUUCACCUUAAAGAAGUUGUUUGGGUGCCAUAUGCUUCCCUAUUUUAACCCAACAAGUGAAAACAUUGUUGUUCUGAAGGAACGGACGUGUUUUCUUUGCAGAAUUAACCUGCCUCUAGUGGUUGUCUGCCAAUUCAGGUGCUUCUGUGAAAUAGAGCAAAAACAUAUUUGUCUCAUGCUCUCAAAACACAAUCUAAAUGGCACAGUCUGUUAGGCUGAGCAUGUGCACUUUCCUCCUAUGGGAAAUCAUUUGAUUGUCUUAGAUCAUCAAUCUUGAUGGUCUCAGACAAUGAAGUGGGACCAGCCAAUGAGAGAGCAGCUUGGUGUGGGAAAAGAGGUAAGAUAAACACUAGCUUGCAUAACCUUUGCAUAGGAGGGGGGAGGAGUUGGGGUCACCUCAAUGACAAGACACUAUAGCAUUAGAAAUACACAUUUGUAUUCAUAAUGCUGUAAUGUUACAAAAUAAAGGGUGAACCUCAUCCCAAUAUGUAAAUGUAUGUAAUCAGAAGGGAAAAAAUAAACUAUUCAGGCUCCAGGUCUAAUUUGCUAAAUAUUGAAAGGACAGUCAAACCACCAUAACAAAUAUACUCUUUGUAUAUGUUAUGGGCUACUCUGUCAUCUAUUUUUUCAUCCUGGUUAAAACUUACAAUGUUCAAACAUCUCUGCAGUUAUAUCAACACUUGCAUUUAUUACUUUGUAGCUAGCUAUGCAUUCCUCUGACCUUCUACAACAAGAAUUAAACUACUAGCAGCCCUAAAUGUGCAAGGCUGUUAUACUGGGAAUCAUAGCUACUCUACAAGUUCAUACACACCAUGCGGUAGCACCUGCUAUAGAAUUGCUACAUAGUUUGAUUUGAAGUGGCCAUGGUGCUUGGAGUCUGUAUAUGCAGUGUUGCCAUAAGAAAUGCUGCACACGUGGAUAUUUUUUUUUUUUUUUUCUGCAGCUGGAAGUGUAACACUGCCUCCAGCAGGUAUAGAUGAUGAUUAAUUUUGCUAAUUCUAUGAAUUUGGUGUGAACCGUGACUGGUAUGGUUUAGCUGGUGUUGGAUACCCAAGGUUUACAUUGGCAAAUUCUGCUUAUGGAGAAGCUCUGUGUAUGUUUGUUUUGAAUGUUCCUUUAUCAAUACGUUUUACCCUGCUAUUUUUCUCUAAGUGCCUGUCCUAAUUUGCUGUAUUUUCAUUUUUCUAUACAGUGCACAGCUAAGACUUUGGAGUUUGCUGAACCCUAUUAAUUUCAAAACCCUUCUCAUUUGAGGAUGAUCCAUAGUGUUUAGUUGUGCAAUGGACCAGGAAUUUCUAAAGCUUCAUGCAUUUCCCAGUACAGAAUGUAUUUUUCGUUGGCCUAGAAAUGGACAGAACCAAAAUUGUAUGGCAUUGUUUUCUUUACCACAAUGCGAAGUCGUGUAUAUAUACAAAGGAAACAUUGUAACAAUACACAAGAGGUGUAAGUUUGACUAUUUUAGAAAUGGAAGUGGUUGUGAUUGCUUUGACAGCUUUGGUUUUUAUCUCUGUAUCCAGGUUAUAAAUUUAAAUUGCUGCAUGCGUGGUAUGUUGUAUGAGUUUGUUUUUGAAUGAUUAAAGUGCUUUAUGGUCUAACAGUUGUGUCCCAUGCAUCUAUCUUUUAUUAGGAUACAAUGUUUACUAGAGGAAUCAAGAGGAAAAGCUUUUCUGAAGAAGACACAGAAGAACCGUUGGCUGACUUUAAAACUAUUCCUUCCUACACUUUGGAACGCCAGUCAAUGCUGAACAUGUCACUGGUGAAACUGCAACUCUGCCACAUGCUUGCAGAACCUAAUCUUUGUCGUUCAGUGCUUAUUGCCAACACUGUAAGGCAGAUACAACAUGAGAUGACUCAAGAUGGCAGCUGGCAAAUUUUGGCAGAACAAAGUGUUGAAGCACCUGUGGAUCGUUUGGUUUCUACAGAUAUUCUUUGUCGUUCCUCAAAGGAUCAGGAGGAAGAAAAGAAUAACAAUGAAACCUAUAUUACUUACAGCGAUGACUUGGACGUUCAACAGAUAGAGGUUUCAGACCUGUCACCAUAUACAUCCUUAAAAGUGCAAAAUUCUCAGGCUCCUACCUGGGAAGCGGACAACCAGCAAGAAAAUAGGGUACAACUUCAAAAAUCACUAGACCAUAUAUUUGAAACGUUGGAGAACAGAAAUGCAAACACAGUAGAGGAUUUGUUUUCUGAUGUUGAUACUUCCUAUUAUGAUCUAGAUACUGUACUUACUGGUAUGAUGGGAAAUUCAAAAUUAGUUCAUUCUGAUAUGAUUGAAAGCUUUUCAUCCCAGACGCCAAAACCCACCGGCUGCAAAACUGAGCUCAGUGAGAUUGAUCAUAUUGUUGAGAUUCUAGUGGAGUCUUGAAACUGAAUACAUAGAUCUGAUAUUAAUAUAUACAUAACCAAUGACAACAGCAGGAAAAAAAAAAAAAAACUUUGCUAAUGUCUAUGCAAAAUAUGGGUUGUACAUAAUUUGCAUAUUUUGGGGGAUUACUCCUUUCUGGUCAAUACGAUUUUUGAAGCCAUAGUUGUGGUUUUUUUUUGUUUUUGUUUUUUCUAUAUUUUUAAAAACCAUACCUCAUGGAUUGGUAUGUGAAAUUUCUGUGAAAGUGUGGUUUAUUUAGAAUGGAGCAAGACACUUCUAACAAUUCUUUAAAAAAAAA